UAAAAUCUGCAAGACGGAUCUCCGGCGAACAUCUUCCGGGUGAAAGUGAGUCUGUGUCGCUCAGAGCCCGAAACUGUCUGCGCAGGAGGGUUGCUGUCUGUCCUGUUGAGCUCCUCCUGCAGCGUGAGUGUCAGGUGUGUGCGUGUGCACCAUGGCGAGCCUCCUGCGUGUUGUGGCGACCAGCUGCUCAGCUCCUGUGUUCAGCUGCAUUUCCCAUGUGAAUGUGCAGAGUGGCCAUAUCAUCAAGUCGUCCUCCGUGCGAUUUUUCAGGACCCAUCAAACUCUCUGGCGAAGCACCAGCCCAGGUAUCCCAUACAAGCAGCUUACAGUUGGGGUUCCCAAAGAAAUCUUCCAGAGUGAGCGUCGUGUGGCGCUGUCCCCCGCUGGCGUGCAGGCUCUCAUCAAACAGGGUUUCAAUGUUGUCGUGGAGUCCGGAGCUGGAGACUCUUCCAAAUUUCCAGAUGAAUUGUACACCCAGGCCGGAGCAACAAUUAAAGAUGCAAAAGAAGUCCUGGCAUCUGAUAUGUUGGUUAAGGUCCGUGCCCCCACAUUCAACCCUGCCUUGGGUGUUCACGAGGUGGAGAUGAUGAAGGAUGCAGCCACUUUAGUCAGCUUCGUCUACCCAGCUCAGAAUGCCGAGCUCAUGGACAUGCUGUCCCAUAAGAACGCCACUGUCGUGGCUAUGGACCAGGUUCCCAGGGUAACCAUUGCCCAGGGUUUCGAUGCACUGAGCUCUAUGGCUAACAUUGCAGGGUACAAGGCAGUCCUCCUGGCAGCAAACAGCUUUGGACGAUUUUUUACGGGACAAAUCACAGCAGCUGGAAAAGUACCACCUGCAAAGGUGCUGAUCAUCGGAGGUGGUGUGGCUGGUCUGGCAGCAGCCGGUACUGCUAGAUCCAUGGGAGCCAUCGUCAGAGGCUUUGAUACCAGAGCUGCAGCUUUGGAGCAGUUUAAAUCUCUGGGUGCAGAGCCGCUGGAGGUGAACGUUAAGGAGUCGGGUGAAGGUCAGGGAGGCUACGCCAAGGAAAUGUCCAAGGAGUUCAUCGAGGAAGAGAUGAAGCUGUUCGCCAAACAGUGUCAGGACGUGGACAUCGUCAUCAGCACUGCUCUGAUCCCUGGCAGGAGGGCUCCCAUUCUCAUCACUACGCCGAUGGUAGAGAGCAUGAAGGACGGCUCAGUGGUGGUGGACCUGGCAGCUGAGGCUGGUGGGAACAUUGAGACCACAGUACCCGGAGAGCUGUCUGUACACAAGGGAGUGACUCACAUCGGCUACACAGACCUGCCCAGCCGUUUACCAACACAGUCCAGCACGCUGUACUCCAACAACAUUACGAAGCUCUUGCGGGCAAUCAGCCCCGACAAGGACCACUUUUACCUCGACGUGAAACAGGAGUUUGACUACGGAACCAUGGACCACGUCGUCAGGGGAUCUACCGUCAUGCAGAAUGGAAAGAACUUGUUCCCCGCUCCACAGCCGAACAACGUGCCCGUUGCAGCUCCUCCGAAACCCAAGUCCAUCCAGGAGUUGGAGGCAGAAAAGGCUGUGCAGGUCUCCCCCUUCAAGGCGACGCUCACCACCGCUGGCGUGUACACUGGAGGUGCCGCCACGCUCCUGGGUCUGGGCCUUUCUGCUCCCCAUGCUGCCUUCACUCAGAUGGUGACCACCUUCGGUCUCGCUGGCAUUGUGGGAUACCACACGGUGUGGGGAGUUACCCCUGCACUGCAUUCACCUCUCAUGUCUGUCACCAAUGCCAUCUCCGGUCUGACGGCUGUGGGUGGUCUGUCCCUGAUGGGAGGUGGAUACUUGCCAGGUACUACUGCGGAGACCCUGGCCGUGCUCGCGGCCUUCAUAUCUUCAGUCAACAUUGCUGGUGGUUUCCUGGUAACCAAAAAGAUGUUGGACAUGUUCAAACGUCCCACUGAUCCCCCCGAGUUCAACUACCUCUACCUGCUUCCUGGUGGUGUCUUUAUUGGAGGUUAUGCUGCUGCUCUGCAGACUGGAUACAACAUUGAACAGAUGAUGUAUUUGGGCUCAGGCAUGUGUUGUGUUGGUGCCCUAGCUGGCCUUUCCAACCAAAGAACAGCUCGAUUGGGUAACGCUCUGGGAAUGAUGGGAGUAGCAGGCGGCCUGGUUGCCACUCUGGGUGCUCUCAAACCCUCUCCUGAGCUCCUGGCACAGAUGAGCGCUGCCAUGGCCGUCGGGGGUUCUGCUGGCUUGGGCAUUGCUAAGAAGAUCCAGAUCACUGAUUUGCCUCAGCUUGUGGCUGCGUUCCACAGCUUGGUUGGACUGGCUGCUGUUCUCACCUGUGUGGCUGAAUACAUGAUCGAGUACCCCCACUUCGCCACAGACCCUGCAGCCAACCUAACCAAGAUAAUUGCUUACCUUGGUACCUUCAUCGGCGGAAUCACUUUCAGUGGCUCUUUGGUGGCUUACGGCAAACUGCAAGGUGUUCUGAACAGCUCCCCUCUGAUGCUUCCUGGUCGUCAUGCUCUCAAUGCCACUCUCAUGGCAGCGAGCGUGGGUGGGAUGGUGCCUUAUAUGCUGGAUCCGAGCUACACCACCGGCAUCACCUGUCUCGGAUCAGUAUCUGCUCUUUCAGCUGUCAUGGGUGUAACCUUGACCGCUGCUAUCGGAGGUGCCGACAUGCCAGUGGUCAUCACCGUACUGAACAGUUACUCAGGCUGGGCCUUGUGUGCCGAAGGCUUCUUGCUCAACAACAACCUGCUGACCAUCGUGGGCGCUCUCAUCGGCUCGUCUGGAGCCAUUCUGUCCUACAUUAUGUGUGUGGCCAUGAAUCGUUCACUGGCUAACGUGAUCCUGGGAGGUUACGGCACAUCUUCCACCGGGACAGGAAAGCCUAUGGAGAUCACAGGGACACACACAGAGGUCAACGUGGAUCAGACUGUCGAAAUGAUUAAAGACGCCCACAACAUAAUUAUCACUCCAGGUUAUGGACUGUGUGCUGCAAAGGCCCAGUAUCCCAUCGCUGAGUUGGUGAAGUUGCUUAAAGAGGCUGGCAAGAAAGUCAGGUUUGGGAUUCAUCCGGUGGCCGGCCGCAUGCCCGGCCAGCUCAACGUGCUGCUGGCUGAAGCAGGUGUCCCAUAUGAUAUUGUUCUGGAAAUGGAGGAGAUUAAUGAGGACUUCGCCGAGACUGACCUGGUCCUGGUGAUCGGUGCAAAUGACACAGUGAACUCAGCUGCACAGGAAGAUCCCAACUCCAUCAUUGCUGGUAUGCCCGUGCUGGAGGUCUGGAAGUCCAAACAGGUGAUCGUGAUGAAGCGUUCUCUGGGAGUGGGAUACGCAGCCGUCGAUAACCCUAUCUUCUACAAGCCAAACACUGCAAUGUUGCUAGGCGAUGCUAAGAAGACAUGCGAUGCCCUGCAGGCAAAGGUCCGCGAGAUGCAGAGCCAGUAAGGUGGCCGCUGCUCAAAGACACCUCCACUGACAGCACAUGAAGAACACAGUACUCCAGCAAUCUCAUCAUCUCUCCUCAGACCUAAGAUGAUGACCAAGUUGAGAGGUUUUUGGUAAACCCUUCCAAUGAUCUAAAAGUAAAAGAAUGUUUGUAUCAAAUACUUGCUCAUGCAGUAGAAGCCAUACAAUUCAGAGACGGUAGUUCUUUCCCACUGCUGUCAUGUACUUAGAUCACUUAGACCCUUUUAUUCUAGUAUUCUAGAUCAAGGGAAGUCCGUCUUCUAUUUCAUUUGGGAUGCUUCACCCAAUGAUGUUCAUAUGAAAUGCGAAUAUUGAUGUAAAACGAUCAUAUGCCUUCAUGUUAAGUUUUAACGAUUAUGAUGUUUUAGAAAACGAAUCAACAGUUAAAUGAAGACAGUAGAUGAAUUGUUAUCAAAGGAGUAGUUCAGUAAUUUGAUGUCCCCUUUUAUACAACCCCCUUCUCACCUUUUUUCCUCUGCAAGUAAAAAGAAAAAAGGCAGAAUAGGUUAGGAUUUUUCUUUUCUUAAUUUGGUCUAUUGAAUAGAUGAAGAUUAGAUUUGCUUUUGUUUCUUUUCACCUGAGUGUAUCUUGUGGCCUCCUUUUAACCCCAAAGAGCAACAAAAUCCACUCAGACCUCCUCUGAUGAGCAGGAGAUGCAAUGCGAUGCAAACUAAAUGUCUCUACGAGAUCACUGUGUACCUGGCACGUUGAUGGAGACUGUCCUACUCUCGUUGCUGUCACCACUGAAUAGAUAUUUUGUUUUUGAGCCGGGUUGCUCGGAUAUAACAGUAUAUAAGGAUUCCAGCUUUUACAUCAACAGUAAGGGUUUGUUUUUGUUUUUGUUUUUGUUCUCUUGAGUGAGUGUGGCGCAUCCACUCCAGCGUGUGUUCCAAUGACUGCUCUACAGGGAAAUGAAGGAUCACUGUUUGUGAAAUAGGACCAGAUAUUAACUCGACUGUUGUAUACGAAUCUUAAGUAAAAUGCAGUUAUACAGCUGAAAUCAUUUCCACUUUUCUGAAUACAUGGCAAAGUUUAUCUCUUGCCAUAAAUAGCAUAUUGUGCCAAACCUUUCCCUAUUUGACUGGAUAGAUCCCAUAUCAUAAACUCAAGGGUUUGGCGACACCAACAAGAAAGACGACACCUGUCUUUAGUUCAUUAAAUUGUAAUGUUUAAAAACACGGUUGCUGCCGUUCAUCUAGGGCUGGACAAUAUGGCCAAAACUUGUAUCACGAUAUAUUUCUUAAUUUCGGUCGAUACGAUAUAAUUCCGAUAUCGAUAUAAAAGCCUCAGAAAAACUGCCAAGAAUGCCCACAACAGAUGCCUGUAAAACUAAAAAUGAUUUUGCCAAGUCUAGUAAACUCUUCCAGAAUAACAUUUUAGAAAUAAAAACUAAAAAUAAAUGAAUGUUCACCUUUUAUUUGUAUUUAGCCUUCAAACAAAUAAAUAUGACAUUGCUGUCAAAUAAACAUACAACUCUCAACUUUGUCAAUAUUAAUAGCUUUAACUUUAAACCACAACAGGCUUAUUAUGUUUUUUUUAAAGAUGUAAACAAAGUGCUUCAGCUAUUCAAACUCUGGCCAACUAAGCAUUAAGUGAGGGUGCUUUAUCUCACAUACUGUAAGUGAGUACACCCCUCACAUGUUUGUAAAUAUUUCAUUCUUUCUUUUCAUGUGACAACACUUAAAAUGCACACUAUAACACAUGCUCAAUCCCACCUGUAUUUAACAAAUAUAUCAACUUAAAUUGCACAUAGAAAUGAACUGAAAUGAAAAUGAGGAACGCCCACCAGAGCUCCUCGGGGCACGACCACCAUGGGCCCAGCUUCUGUAGGGUGGGUUACCCACAUCAGUGCUAUGCUUUGUUUUAUGCCAGUGCUUUUAGUAAAGGGGGGGCGACCAAGAAACCAAUAAGACACACUUAAACCUUUCUGCCUUUGUUCUCACUAUAGUCAUUAUUUUUUACCAUUUUUGAAUCCGGUAAAAUCUUUUGAGUCAGUUUCUGUGCACAAUCGGCACUGUUGUAGCUGAGGUUGUGUCUGACUGUGUGGUACACCUGUGUCAUCUCAGGUGCAGUGAGUUAGGGGAGGUGAAUAAAUAACUAUUCAUUAAACUUUGAAAAAGUCUUAAACACUCAAACAAACCACAAUAGUUUACUAAAACAUGCUCUGUCCACACUCUUCUGGUAAAAGCUCAACAGAUACUGACACUGAAUCAGUCAUCAUGAUAUGUCCCAUACCAUGUCAGGAGAUGAUUGGGGCAUCAAAAACGGUGACACUGACGUUUGGGUCGUCCCGGCCCUCAUGUGCCUGCAGUGUUGCUCUCCUGAUGCGUGCUGUCUCAUAUCAGUCCACCGUGCGCCACAGGAAAGACUUGCCGUCACAUCUUACAAUCUGCCUUGUAGUCUCCUCCAUUGACACCGUCCAGCCGUGGAUGUGCUUCUUCUCACUUGCGCCUUUACUUUUGUAAACCUUUUCUCUUGUCUGCUUGUUCUUUGCUCGUGGGAGCUUCUUCAGUCACGUCUAUAAUACAGUCGUGAGCACUCUUUUUGUAGCUUAAACUUACUGCGUUGGAGCUUAGCCUCGCCUACAAUGUCCUGCUGGCGGUCUCGGGCUCUGUGUCUGCAGCGUAGGUCAUCACUCACGUAGCCAAUGUGUUCAGCUACCCCGUGAACUUCAGUGAGUGAAACGCUGUUGCUAGGGCUGGGCGAUAUGGACCAAAAGUCAUAUCUCGAUAUUUUCUAGCUAAAUGGCGAUACUCGAUAUAUAUCUCGAUAUAUUUUUUCUGUGCCUUAAUUGGGGUUUCCCCCAAAGCAUUAUAGCAUAGCAUCUCUGUUAGCUUCAUUUCUUUCUGAGGCAAACCCUUAAAAAAACAGUCAGUUUUAAUACAAAGCCUCGUGCCAAAUGUCACACAGGUUCCUUUGUUAACAGAGGUCUGCACAAUAUCAAAAUGUAUAAAACAAAUGAAAUAAAAAUAAACUGCCUGCAUAUAUAGAAUAAAAAUGCUUCUUGAAGAAAAUAAAACAAAUAUCCCUUUCCUGCAUAACAAUUAAAUUAAAAUACACUGUGCAAUUAAUACAAUGUAGACAGUAACAGGCAGACUUUUCCACUGCCAUUUGCACAAAACAUUUGUGCAAAUCUCAAAUAAAACAUUCAAGUCAAUUUGUCACAAAAUAAGCUAUAUCAAAAUCAUUAAAAAAAAAAUGUAAAAAAAAAAAAAAAAAUUUUUUUUUUUAAAUCGAUAUAAACGAUAUUGUCUCGUACCAUAUCGUGUUUGAAAAUAUAUCGAUAUAUAUUAAAAUCUCGAUAUAUCGCCCAGCCCUACGCUGUAAUCACACUGGAACGUAUAUCGAAAAUGGUUUUAAAACUCAUAUCACCGUUAUUGAAUAAAAGUAUAUUGUGUUAUAUAAUGAUAUUGAAUUAUUGUCCAGCCCUACGUUUAUCUACUACAUACAUAACACAUUUACAUUUAUGACAUAGUCUUCAUGUUCGUAAGAGAGGACUUCAGUACACAGAAAACAGCCCAUGAGGUAACGGGUCAUUAACCCACCUUUAAACCCAAACAUGUACUGUUAGAAGUUGACAAUUACUGUUUAUUGACAGGACCGGAUCUAUCGACAUGACAACUAAUCCUACCUCUCCAUAAAAUGACCAACACCUCGCCAUGGGACCUUCUUAUUUGACCAAUCAGUAUUGCCGUGUCUGCCACAUUAUCGGACCCAUUGUUUUUCCAUCCGUGGCUUCAGGCAGUCAGCUUUUGCAUCCUCUCUAGACCAACAGCCUUCGGUUUUGCAUUCCCUUUUUAACCAUCAAACCUCAGUCUGCAGAUGUAAUCAGUGGUGAUCUAGCAAUUCCAUUUAAGCAAGCAACAUUGAGUUUUUAUGAGUUAAUGAUCCAAGUAAGGAAGAUAGGGAAAAUCUUAAUAAAAACAAAAAAGUGACUAAAGUGCCGUCUUGUACCUUUUUAUAGCUUUCUUUUUUUCUUCUUCUGAGAGAGAGUAUUUUUGUAAGGAGACAUCAUAUUUGUGCAGAACAACAAUGGGAUAUUGAAGUUGUAUAUUUCAAUGCACCAUGUUAAUGUGAAUUAGGUUUCCCCAUCUUUCUUUUUAUCAUGGAACAUUUUCUUCCCUAAUAAACUUGUAUUUACACUA